GCGGCUUCCCUUGGUACUGCAGCACAAUUUCUGGUUUUGCUAUCUUGUGUCCUGAACAAGCUAUGAUUUUUGUGUGUUAGAUUGCUUGUGUUCAGUAAAAGUAAAAAAAGUUUGGGCCCUUAGAGUCUAAUUUGGUAUAGCAGGGGUAUUUUAUGUCAAAAAAUUCUGCAGAGGAUGAAAUAACUCAAUAAGGGAACAAAGUUAUGCAAAUGAUGACUUAAGUCAUUCACAUAAAAUUUACAAAAGCUCUAAGUAUUUCAUGUAGGUAUGAGGUCGCCGAACUCUAGAUAUAAGACAGAAUAAAAACCCAAGGUUUCUUUAAUUAGAUAUCCCAGUUGAAGUUUAAUAGCUGGAUGUGAUUUCGCUAAUUAACUACAUUCACUUUAUUGUGGUGAUGUUUCUAACACAGACAUUCAACCAUCAACGGAGAAGAGGAUGUACUUUCAUCUAACUGGAGUGCCAUUUGAUGGUUCACCAUUCCAAUUAGUUGGGACAAAGGUGUAUGAGUGCCAUCUGGGGAAAGAUAGGAACGCUGCGGCAAAGGAUAAAUACCACGCACAAAGACAAGCACAAUCGCUCGAAGACCAUGCCUUCCAAGCACGACGUUGCUCAGUUCAGACAACUAAGAAGAUGAACUGCCCUGUCCAAUUCACCGUCUAUCACAUCAUCAAGUUUCCCGAUGAUAAAUUCAAGAUUGAUAAGGACACUGAUGCUAGGAGGAGGAAGGCCUCAAAAGACUUGAAGAAGGCCAUUGAUCAGAAACCAUCAUCUGUUCAAGCUACUGUUCAAUUCCAUACAUGCUUUCCAACUCUGACAGAACACAAAAACCAUCCAACUGUUGGAGAGGUCGCCGAACUGCGUGAAGGGGUAGAUGAGAGGGUUAAAGGGAGGAUCAGGACCCUCGCAUUGAACGGCGUGAAAGACAUCCGGGAGAUGAGACGUCAUCUCGACGCGUAUGUGAAUGAUGACCUCUUUAAAGAGCAAGAUCUCCCGCCAACUACAAGGAGGCGCUACAACCCCACUGACAAGGACAUACGGAACAACAUGGACAAAUCAAAAGAUCGCAUUAAGAAUUCCAAAGAAGAUCAAUGCAAUGUGCAGGUAAUGUGCAAUAGGCUACAAAGUUAUAUAAUAACUGUUGAUGUUAAAUGCAAAAUUCUAACAUCAAGAUGGCUGUCUAAAGGUGACUGCAACAUCAUGUACAGGCCGAGCCAGAAACAAACGGAUGGUUCAGUCACAACGCUCCUGUACUGCUAUCAAGCAGCCUGGCAAGCAAGGCUACUCCAGAAGUACGGGAAUCAAAUGUGCCUGCUUGACGCCACGUAUCGUACCUGUCGGUUCGAUCUUCCCCUAUUCUUCCUCUGCGUUCGCACAAAUGUGUGCUAUGCCGUUGUCGGCUUCUUUAUCAUUACAAAUGAAGCUGCAGAAGAUAUUGAGGAAGCACUGCAAGUGUUCAAGGACUGGAAUUCCUCUUGGACUCCCAGCCAUUUCAUGGUGGACUUCUCACGAGCCGAGAUGAACGCCCUUGCAGAGGUGUUUCCAGAGUCCAAGGUGCACCUUUGCGACUUCCACAGGGAGAAGUCAUGGGUCGAGUGGGUCCGGAAGGGAGCAAAUGGCGUUAGCCAUGAGCAGCAAACAGUGCUGAAGCUGCUGAGAAACCUUGCUGCUUCUUCCACACAGGAGGAAUUCCUCUCCAGCCUGUCUAACCUACAAGACUCUGACGUCUGGAAUGAGAGUGAGAAGCUGAGAGACUACAUAUCACAUAAAUGGCUUCCAGAGGCUGAAAGGUGGGUGCACAUGUUUCGUGCAAAACAACUGAAGAUACCAGUGUACACCAACAACGGAAUAGAACGUCAGAAUGAGACCCUGAAACACUCAUUCCUUCAGGGAUACAAGAAGAGCAGCUUGACGGAACUGAUCACUGUGCUGGUGACACAGUUCACAACAAACACAUUGCGAAAAUCAGAUUUACCUUUCUCUAAUUCAAGGUACACACAACUCAACAUCGAGAGCUCUUCAAUGUACAGAAGGUACAACGAAAACAUCCCCGUGUAUCUGAGAGACAGGCCAAGGGGCUUCGUGCAGCAUAUGAAGGCAAGACUUGAAGAAGCCAAGGACUACACGGCCAAUGAUGUAAUUGAACUUGACCAUGACACCUUCAGUGUGAAGAGUCAGAGCGAACCAUCCAAAUACCACACCGUCUACUUCGGAGAUGACGAAGACAUGCCCUGCUGCACAUGUAGGGAUUGGGCAAGGCAUCUGUUACCAUGCAAGCAUUUCUUUGCAAUAUUCCAGCAAGUAUCAGGGUGGGGAUGGGAGAAUCUUCCAGCAAGUUACAAGGACAAUCCCCUCUUCACCCUAGAUGACUCUUGUCUCGGACAGAAGGCAGACAGUCCAAGUACAAGUGCAUCUGUCAACAUGGAAGCAAGCAAUGCUACACAGCUAGCUUUCAUCCCGGCUUCUUUACCUGAGAAGAAGUCAUCAAACAAGCGCAAAAGAGACCAGAUGAGGACAGCAUGUGGUAGUCUACUACAUGCAAUAACUGAAAACACCUACCACCUACAAGACGAGGAGUACCUUCAAGAACUUAAGGAUCAACUGACUGAAAUGUUGGAGGAUGUAAGGAGUCAUACGCUGCAUGAGGGUCCAUUCCGGAUAUCAUUCUCUCCCAAAAAGAAGAAGACAUCAACUCCUCCAAAAGACAAAGCCAAGACUCCUCCAGAAGACAAAGCCUGGACUCCUCCAGAAGACAAGGCCAGGACUCCUCCAGAAGACAAAGCCAGGACUCCUCCAGAAGACAAAGCCUGGACUCCUCCAGAAGACGAAGCCAAGACUCCUCCAGAAGACGAAGCCAAGACUCCUCCAGAAGACAAGGCCAGGACUCCUCCAGAAGACAAAGCCUGGACUCCUCCAGAAGACAAAGCCUGGACUCCUCCACAAGACGAAGCCAAGACUCCUCCAGAAGACGAAGCCAAGACUCCUCCAGAAGACAAGGCCAGGACUCCUCCAGAAGACAAAGCCUGGACUCCUCCAGAAGACAAGGCCUGGACUCCUCCAGAAGACAAAGCCAGGACUCCUCAAGAAGACAAGACCUCCACUCUUCCAAAGGACAAGACCUCUGUUCGUCCCGAGGACAUACCCUUUUCCCCACCAGAAGAGGCCAAAAUGGCUGAAUUACCAGUGAGGAGGGGGUCGAGAAAGCACCCAUAUACGAAGAGGGUUGGCCUGCAUGCGGAAAUCAUGAGGUCAACCUUCCAAGUCAAAGUCACGGUUGAUCAAGACAUCAAUACCAUCAAGUGUGAACCAGAGCCGAACACUCCAACAACCAGAAGGGGAGGACCCUCUGCUCAUAAUAUCCUGGUGAACGGCUUUGGCUACAAUAUAACUUACCAGGACAUGCAAUCCUUACAAUGCCAGAACUGGGUAAACGAUCGAAUAAUCAACUUCUACUUGAAGAUGGUCGUACACAGAGGCAACCAACAGGGUCCCAUGAAACUUGCGUCAUUUGACACCUACUUCUACACAAUGCUAAUGAAGCAUGGCUAUAUGUCUGAAAUUGUCAUGCAAUGGUCAAGAGACAUUGACCUAUCCUCAGUUGACCUAGCCUUGAUUCCAGUACAUCAUCAGGGAAACCAUUGGUGUCUGGCUGUGGUUGAUACAGGAUACAUGUGUUUGAGGUAUUUCGACUCCAUGGGUGGAAGGAAUGACAAGGGGGUCAAGGCCAUUCGGUGCUACCUCCAGGAAUGCAGUAAAAGGAAGGGAAUGCCCAGUGCAUGGGCAGUGGAGUAUCCCAAGGAGAUCCCAAGGCAGCUGAACGGUUACGACUGUGGUGUGUUUUGCUGCAAAUAUGCCCAGUACACCUGCAGUCAGGAUGGCAUCAUGAACUUCACACAGGAUGACAUGCCAAGGUUCAGAAAGGAGAUGGAAUGGGAGAUCACACACAAGAUGCUUUUGUACAGUUAUUUGUUUAGAUAGAUAUUUCAACUUUAGAACUCGUAACAAGACUUCCAAGAUUCCAAACCAAAACAUUAAUUUCUACGAGAUGCCAAGUCUAAGUGCCUAUCUUGGACUGUUGGAGACUCAGAAGAAGUCCAUGAUUGAUCUAUUAGUCUUCAAGACUUAUAAGAAUUCCUUGAUUCACAAGAAUCCGUUGCCUGGAAAGGGACACGUUUGGCAGAAGCAUGUUUUUUGCUUGUCACUACAGCUCCAUUUUUUGUGAGCAUGAAGUGUAUGUUCUAUUUAGAUUUUGCUUAUAAAAAAAGUCAGUGUAGGAUAAUCCGUUCCCCAUGCUUUCAAGCACAAAAACUAGCACACUGUGUCAAUCAAUUUAUAAAAAGAAACUGUGAAAUUGUAUACAUGUAAUAGUAAUAUCAUAAAUAUUUGGGU